AUGGCUUCCGCAUCCGAGUCCGCAGACGACGUGAACACUCCCCCGCCGCCAAACGCUCCAACCGGUGGCAAGCCCAUGCUCGCCAGGCAACGCGCAAAGGAAGAGGCAGACGCAAGUGGGAGACAGCAGCCGAGGGGUGGCUACUUUCCACUCGGCUACAAAGAUGGCUUCUCGCAGUGGUGGGCUGCCAUCACCCCUGCGGUCGCUGAGCACAAGGUCAUGAGCUACAUACCCUACCUCCAGAAGCCGCCCACUCACGCUCAGACCGCAAGCGAACCUCCAACCACAUCGAACUCUUCAUUAAGCCUGGACAAGUCUACCGGUAGUGCUGUCGAGCCUGUGCAGCGGACGAGCAGCGUCAACGAUCCGUAUGGGCCGCGACAGUGGCGGAGCCAGAUGGUCCAGCUUGAUGGUAAGGACCGAGCCCUGAACGAGUUCAGCGUGGAGCGGCUCGGCGAGCAGGUUGACAACAACCUUGUAAUGCUUCACGGAUACGGGGCAGGUCUUGGAUUCUUCUACAAGAACUUUGAAGGACUCUCACGACAACCGAAUUGGAAACUGUACGCGCUGGAUCUUCUAGGUAUGGGGAGGAGCACCAGACCACCGUUCAGAAUACAUGCCAAGGAAAAGGAGGCGAAGGUUCGCGAGGCCGAGAGCUGGUUCGUGGAUGCGCUAGAGGAGUGGCGGCAAAAGAAGGGCAUCGAGAAAAUGACACUACUAGGACACAGUCUUGGGGGCUAUAUGGCAGUCUGCUAUGCUCUCAAGUACCCUGGACAUCUCAACAAACUCAUUCUGGCGUCGCCAGUAGGCAUACCAGAAGAUCCAUAUGCCGUCAAUGAAGACAUGCCCGAGCCAGGAGACAAUACCAUGGCCAACGAGUUUACACAAGACGCGGUUAGUGCGACUACCCAGAAAAAACAGCCUCCGCCUCGCAGAAAUAUGCCGAAGUGGUUGGUCACGCUCUGGGAUGCAAAUAUCUCGCCAUUCUCGCUCGUUCGUCUUUCAGGUCCUCUUGGACCCCGGUUGGUAUCAGGCUGGACGAGCAGGCGUUUCUCUCAUCUGCCAGCUGAGGAGUCGCAAGCUCUACACGACUACAGCUACUCUCUUUUCCGUCAAAGAGGCAGUGGAGAGUACGCGUUGGCUUACGUCCUAGCUCCUGGUGCCUUCGCAAGAUCGCCGCUCAUUCGCCGGAUUCAUGGCGUGGGCCGUCAAUUUCUUGAGGUGCAUAACGAGCCUGCUCCAGACAACGCGUCCUCGACUCCCUCCCAUGCAACUUUGAAAGUCAAGGAGACUGGCAUUCCCGUGGUGAUGAUGUACGGAGAGAACGACUGGAUGGACGUCGCUGGUGGCCUCGCUUCCGAAGAGCGGUUGAAGGAAGAGAAAGCAAAGGCCCUAGCACAAGCCUCAGAGAGGGAGAAGCAGCUCGAGAAUGGUGACGCCAAAGUCACCGUCAUCCGAAAGGCUGGUCAUCAUGUCUAUCUGGACGGCUGGGAACAGUUCAACGAAGAAAUUCGCGGGGAGAUGAAGGAUGUUGAAAAGCGGCAGAAGAGACUGUCUGCAUUCGUAUGA